AUGGCAUCAUUUUCUUCACAUAAUAUACUUCAUCAAAAAUUAUUUGAUGGAAAAACUAAAACAAUUUAUUCAAUUAUUGAUCAACCAAGUCUUAUUUGUAUUCAUCGAAAAGAUUAUCAUGAACCAUUAGGUUCAAGUUUAUGUAUUCCUGGUAGUCGUCGAUCUAGUAUUGAUAGUGCUGUUCGUCAAACUAAUCAACAACAACAACAGCAACAAAAUAAUCGUAAUAAUACUGAAAUUAACAGUAAAGGUUCAUUAGCAACAUCAAUAACUACAUGUGUCUAUGAAAUUUUACGUGAAGCAACUAUACCAACAUUUUAUGUUGCACCAUUUACUCAACCAGAUAUGUUUAUUGCAAAAAAAAUGUACAAUGAUACCAAUAUUAUGGAUUAUUCGUCGUUUAGCUAA